ACAACUAUUCAUUUUACCUGACAAGACAUGAAUCAAUGAAAUAAUUUAGUCAAUGAGUUAAAUAAUUGUUGAUGAUUAAUUAUUUUGCUUGAUAUCGAAAUAAGGGGACUAACUGCUACUUAAUGAGACGUAGAUGUAUAAAUGAAUUUAAUUCCUUUAUCACGUUUCGACACGUUUUUUCUCUCACUUCCUAUUCUCGGAUCAAGUUCGAAUUCUGCAUAAUUAUUCAUAACAAUAUGACAAUACACGAAUCAAUCAAAAAUAAACAUUGACCAAAUGGUAUGAAUACUGGAUGUCACAAGAAGCUGUUCCUCAUUGUUUUCAUUGGUUUCCUCGUUCUGUCCUUGUUUUGGAUGUUAAAUAGUCCUGCAAAUUGGACUAACAAUCAGACUCCUGAAACUAGUCAAACUAACAAUUUGACUUUACAUUUAAAAGACAAUUUACUUAACCAUACCAUUUCUAUCCAUGGAAUUGAAACCAAGAAAAAACAAGACACGAUACAAAGUUAUAUCUCUACUCAUUUCAACAAUAGUUUCGUUCGUUUGAUUCGAAGAUAUUUGACACCAAUAACAAAGUUCUUACAUGAAGAAUCUUUAUUUAAUGAUUCUAUAUCUGAACAUAUUUUAAGAUCUGGCUUAGGAUUUAAACCUUACACAACUGAGAAGAAUGAAGAAAUUUGGAUAGAGAAUGGUGUCCAGUAUCGUCCAUAUCCAUUUCUAGAGAAAGCUGAUAAUCCGUUUUACACGUCAGAGUUCGAAGCUUUUGUUCCUUUUAAUAAAACGGAAUUUUUCGAAGGAGAUGUUGCAAGUAUGUCACGUGAUAUUACAGACAAGAAAAUAAUUCUCUGGUGGCAGCAUAAGUAUGGCCAAGGUCCUAUCACUGGACUGAAUCUACUGAGAGCGUGUCCAGACUUUCCAUGUGUGGUCACUUCAGAAAGAAAGUAUACAAAAAAUAGCAGUGCUUUAUUGGUCAAUUCUCAGUUUGUAAACAAUGAACGGCCACCUCCGAAACGUUCAGAGCAAGUUUUUGUGCACUAUCAAAUAGAAGCGCCAUCUCAUUAUUGGUUAUAUGGGUAUUUCUUUGACCCAUCCAAAGGCUGGAACGAUAUAUUCAACUGGACAAUGUCUUACCGCAUGGACGCUGACAUUGUUACAUACCAUGGGAUUGUUAGAAGACGUAGAGUUGAGCCAAAAAAAAACUAUCAAGAAAUAUUGUCCAGGAAGAAAGGAGUAGUAGCAUGGAUGGUCUCUAGCUGCAAUGCCUAUUCCAGAAGACAAGACUACGUAAAAGAGUUACAAAAAUACGUACCUGUGGAUAUUUAUGGAAAUUGUGGUCCAUUUAAAUGUUCCAGAAACAAAGAUAAAGAUUGCCUUCAAGAUUUUUCAUUAAAGUACAAAUUCUACCUUGCCUUUGAAAACAGAUUCUGCAAAGAUUACAUCACAGAGAAACUUUUUAAAUACCUAGACAGUGAUAUGAUCAUCAUUGCCCGUGGUUACAAUACGUACUCCAGACUUUUACCCUCAGAAAUAUUUCUUAACACUGCCAACUUUAAGUCUCCUAAAGAGCUUGCUGACAGAAUUCUCUACCUUAAUUCUCACGACCAAGAGUAUGUACAAAUGCUAAAAGAAAAGGAUAAGUAUUUUUCUAUAUACGAAGACUAUCCUUUGAUUCAUACCUCGCCUAUGUAUAUAGAACAUCGUUAUGAAUCUAUUCCAAUGUGUGAACUUUGUCAAAGACUCUGGAAUUUGGAGAAGUAUUCUAAAGAAGUCAAAGAUAUGGGAGCAUGGUUCAACAAGAAAGAGUAUCAAUGUCAUGAUGCCCAAGAUUUGUAAACAAAGACAUUUAAAUAUUGCUUACUUCAAUAGUAAACAUUUUUUAACCAUCACCAAAAACUCUCUUGUAUAAAGUUAUAAAAGUUUUUUUUUCACAUAAAAUACAUGUUUAAUCUAUAUUGGACAAACUCCUGAGUGCUAUGUUGGAUCCCCACCCUUUCAACAUUUCCCCUACGAAAAGGCAUAGUUCUAAGGCUCUCACCAACGGCUGGAUUCGCUUUAAAAGACUCAAUGUGGCACAGAAAAUGAGCUUUCUAAUAAUUUUUAGCCGUUCCAACACAUGACCCAGGAGGUUAGGAGGAUGGGCGGCGCUCUUUGAUAAAAAUGCUCAGUUUUUCAGUGGUCUCAGUGCAGUGCUCUCGUUGAGAGAUUUAACGAAACUCUUAAGACAAUGCGUGUGUUUAGGGAAAGUCCCCGAGUCUGGGAAAGAUAUCUUUCAGCAGUUGUACUUGCCUAUAGAGAGGCACCACAAGAAAGCCUAUGGUUUUCACCAUUUAUGCUUUUGUACAGUUGAAGUGUCAGGAAUCACAGCCAUAUUCCCCGUGAACUAUGGACCAAAGAACACAAAAAUACUGAGAUUCGUACUUUAUUUCAGAAUGGGAUAGAUCUAAAAAAUAAAUUAGAAGAGACUUGCAACAUCGCCAUGACAAAACUUGAGUAGGCUUAUUUGAGGGGCUAAGAAAUAGUAUGUUCUUAAGUUAAACUACCGAGAAUUCUAGUUUUCCUUUUACGAUAAAUGCAAGUAGAGGUCCUUUUGAGAUCAUCAGUAAAUCUGACCAUUAUGAUUACCUGGAGAAAUUAACUAGGGGUCCUAAGACUUUCCAUGGUAAUCUAUUGAAAUUUGGCAUUUAUAGGAAGAGCCUUAUGUCUGUAGAAUUGUUUUAAUAUGAUUUUCAGUUUAGUUAUUUAAGGUCUGUUGCACCUUAUAUAAGAUAGAGAGCAGGUAUGCUAAGUGGGUAGUCAAGGUUUUUGAGCAGCCUCUUUGGCACAAGAGGCUAGGGUGAUAAUUUUAAAACACAAUUAUAUACAUACAUACAUAAAAAACAUUUCAUUUGUAUGGCGUGGGCGUAGCCAGGAUUUCUUUUCGUGGGGGGGGGGAUUUUUUUCUCCCCCCCCCCCGCCAAAUAUAUAUAUAUAUAUAUAUAUAUAUAUAUAUAUAGACCUAUAUAUAUAUAUAUAUAUAUAUAUAUAUAUGUGUGUGUGCACAUAAUUAUUUUUAUUACAUUCUGACCCUUCAUUCUUUCCAAAGACGCUUAUUGUACCCUAGAAUAGGUUCUUCCUGAAGUUAGUAGGAAAAUUGUAGACUCCCCCCCCCCCUUGCCAGGGGGUCUGGGGGAGCGCUGUGAGCUCCCCCUGCGGGUUUGGGGCGUAGCACCGCCGCCAAACAACACUAUUUCCGGUAUUGAAAGCCAACAAAAUGCAUAUUCUGAGGUAUCUACAGUGCAUUAUCCUGCUAUUAAAAAGGUUUAUUCUUACUUACUUAGAUCCUCCCGCGCCGUUCGGCGCAUUGGGCGGCAAGCUGCUUCCAAAAAAAUCUGUCACUGGCCAGAUUUUUCAUUAAAGUACAAAUUCUACCUUGCCUUGCAAUGUCUGAAACCUCUUCCCACCUGCUCUGAUGUCUUUCAUGAAUGUGUGGCAGCAAGUUAUACUAGGAUUUCCCUGUUUGCACUUUCCUUGUAAUAUUCUUUAUGCAAACACAAUUCUUAUUAUGCGUAAUUCAUUUUGUAGGAGAACAUGUCCCGCAAAUCUCAUUUGACGCUCUGUCACAACCUUACCAAGGGGUCGACUCCUAGUUCGGCAUAGGAUUUCCUUCAUUGAGACACGAUCUCUAUAACAGAUUCCUAAAAUAUUGUAGAGAGAGGUUUUCCACCUCAAAACUCUCUGUAGGGUGAUUUUAAACUCAAAACCAUCUGGAGGGAUUUAAACUUUAAAAAAAAGCUCUCUGGAGGAGGGCUACGCCUAUAGAAUUUUGAGUGUGUAAUUUGCUUUUUUUAUAUUGAAAAGGUAUUUUUAAGCUUACAACCCCGCUUGGCUACGCUCAAAGAAUCUGGUGAGUGAUGUAUGGAUAGUCUUAUAUUGAAGAGGGAGUUUUAUCGUAAAUUUCGGAGGGAGGUUUAAAAUCAAAGACCCUCUUAGAUAUGCUCUUGGAAUUUAGGAAUUAUUAUUUACUAUUAUUAAUUAUUUAUUGGCAUUUUUUUUUCAUAGAAGAGGGGGCUUUAACUGUAAAACCCUCUGGUAGGGGGUUUUUAAACUCAAAACCCCCUUUGCUGUGCUGGGCAAGUGAUGGUUUAGUAUUAAAAUCUCUCCUAAAAUAAACAAAAUCAAGAGGAAAAAUCAGUCACUAAAUUCCGCCCCCCCCCCCCCCCCGGUUGGACGGACUGAUGAAGAGGAUAUGGUUAUUUGUUGUUGUUGUUUUGUUGUUUGUUUUUGUUUUUUUACCAUUUCUUUAUAAUUUUGGAAAUGUUUACUUUAAGAAUAUACCUUUUUAUGGGUAUUAUUUAUGUAUAAUUUUUAUGGCUACUUAUUCACUGGUGUAUCUUAUUAGAUUGAUUUUUUUUUCUUGAAAUUAAGUUUGUAUUAAGGAUGCAGAAGUUACAAAAGAUACUUCGUUUUCUUAUUUCAUGUGUAACCAUGAUUGUUUAUUUACUUUUAGCUAGCAUGGUGUGUGUUGUUGGCCUUAAAAAUGUGUACUAUGUAUUAUUACUGUAAGUUUAGCCAUAUAGAUAGGGGCAAAGGGAGGGGGUUAUAAUCACUAACAUCGUUUGUGAAUUAUCAAAUUAGAUUUAAAUUUUGAUGGUUUUACAGUAUUCCACUUAUUGAGAGAGGCUGAGUCAACAGCUUCGCGUGAAUAUAUUGCUACAGCUUUCUGCUAUAUACUUAUAGCUAUCUAGAAACUACCUUGGUUUAUCUCUACGUCUAGGUGUCCCUGGGUUUAGCUGUAAUAACACAAAACAAUUAACAACUCGAUCAAAACACAGAAACUUUAAUAAUCUUCAAUGACUUCCUAGCACAUAUCACAGGUUGACCUCCUUAACUAACAUAUUUCCGGUCGUUCGCAUAUAAAUUCAAACUGACGUAUAUCUAUAAAAAUAGAUUAUGCACAUUACACACAUACAGACAUUCAUGUGUGUGUGAUAUAUAUAUAUAUAUAUAUAUAUAUAUAUAUAUAGUGCGGGUUUUUUGUAAAAAAAAAAAUAGGUGCCCCUACUCAAUGAUUAGGUGCCGGUACUCAGUGAUGGAUUGCCUAACUUUUAACUACUAAUAAGUUAAAAAUAAACGUUAAAAUAAAAGAAAAGCAAUAAAAGUUAGGCAAUCAAUAACUGAGUACAGGCACCAAUUUUUUUUU